AGAGAGAAGAGAGAGAGAGGAGGGGAGGUAAGGGACAGCUCAUUCACUUGAUGGUCUAAAGAUGAUAUACAAAGUGUCGCAGAUAUUUGAUUUAACCCAGUUCCCUAAACCCUUAUCUCCUAAAACCCUACCACUCAGACCAUUUUCGUCUUCUUCAACACAUGCUUUCAGAACAAAUUUACCGUUUAAAACCCACAAACCCCUCUUCAUUAAGCACAAUAGACUCCAAAUCAGGGCUUGUAGAGCUUCAAAUUCGAAUUCAUACUCAGUCGAAUCAUCAACAACCCAAGAAGAAGACGCCGAGUCAGCUCAGUUGUUCGAGAGAUUGAAAGAUUCAGAGAGAGAUCGGAUAAACAAAUUAGAAGAACUUGAUAGAAAAGCAAAUGUUCAGUUAGAGAGGCAGCUUGUCAUGGCUUCAGAUUGGAGCAGGGCAUUGUUGACCAUGCGGGGAAAGUUGAAGGGAACAGAGUGGGACCCUGAGAACUCACACAGGAUAGACUACAGCGAAUUUCGGAGACUUCUUGAUUCAAAUAAUGUCCAAUUUAUGGAAUACUCAAAUUAUGGGCAGACAAUAUCAGUGAUUCUGCCUUACUACAAAGAUGGAAAAAUGGAAGAACCAGGAGAUUCUAAGAAGGAAAUCAUUUUCCGGCGCCAUGCGGUUGACCGUAUGCCAAUUGAUUGCUGGAAUGAUGUUUGGCGUAAGUUGCAUCAGCAGCUCAUAAAUGUUGAUGUCUUCAAUAUGAAUACGGUACCAGGAGAAGUCUACUCUACUGUUGCAACUGCAGUCGUGUGGUCUAUGCGGCUUGCUCUUGCCAUUGGAUUGUACGUCUGGAUUGAUAACAUGAUGAGACCAAUUUAUGCAAAACUAAUACCUACUGAUUUGGGUACUCCUCCCAAAAUGACAAGGCAGCCACUCAAGCGCCGUGCCCUUGGAUCAUUAGGCAAGAGUCGGUAA